AUGGCUUCCGCAAACAAUGAUCGUGUAUUUAAAGAUGGUGGUAGUAGUAACAAGCCUCCUUUGUUUUCCGGUCAAUAUUUCGACUUUUGGAAAAUCCGUAUGAAGGCACAUUUUGAAGCACAAGGAAGUGACAUAUGGGAGGCGGUUCAAAAUUGUCCUUUUAUUCCUACAACGGUUGUCAACGGUGCUAGUUCAACAAAGCCACAAGGAUCAUGGGAUGAUGAUGAUAAGAAAAGGGUUCUCUAUGAUAAAAAGGCGGUUAAUAUUUUACAAAGUGCACUUGGAAUGGAUGAAUUCUUCCGCGUCUCAACAUGUACAACGACAAAGGAAAUAUGGGAUACUCUUGUAGAAACUCACGAAGGAACGGCCGAAGUCAAGAGAUCUAGAUUGAACACGUCUUUAACAAGAGAAUGGCAACCCAAAGUGACGGCGAUUUCCGAAAAGAAAAGUUUAUCAACAAUGACAUCCGCUACUUUAUUCGGAAAGCUUCAAGAAUAUGAGACGGAACUUGGACUAUUGGAGAAACAUGAGGUCCAAGAGAAGAAAUCCAAGAGCAUUGCCUUAAAAGUUGAUUCCAAAGUUGUGAAGAAAGAAGACAAUCCCGAAGAGGACGAAAAAUUUAUGCUUCUUGUAAAAAGACUAGGAAAAUAUUUUGGUGCAAAAAAUAAUAUUGGAAACUCUAGUUACACAAGAAGAAAGAAGUUCUCAAAGAACAAAGAAAGAGAAGCAUCAACAUCCAAUGAAGACAUUACAUGCUAUGAAUGUGGAAAACAAGGCCACAUCAAACCGGAAUGUCCCAAACUCGCAAAGAAUCGUGACAACAAAGGAAAGAGGGAUUACAAUAAGAAGGCCUACAUUGCUUGGGAUGACAAUGAAAUAAGUUCUUCAUCGGAUUCCGAUAGUGAUCAAAGCGCAAAUCUAGCAUUGAUGGCAUCACAUCAUUCCGACAAUGAAGACGAUGAGAAAACCCCUUAUGAACUUUUCAAAGGGAGAAAACCAAAUAUUUCUUUCUUUCAUAUUUUCGGGUGUAAGUGUUUUGUCCUCAACAACGACAAAGACAACCUUGGUAAGUUUGACGAGAAAUCCGAUGAAGAGGAUAUUGUUGCAAGUGAUAGUGAUGAUGAUCUUGUAGAUAGUUCCAAAGAAGAUACUUCUAAAUACUUGAUUGAAAUUCAAGAAGAAAAACAAGAAGAACAUCAUGAUGAACCGAUUCAACAAAAGUCAACCAACAAUGAUCUUCCAAAAGAAUGGAGAACACAUAGAGAUCACCCAAUCGACAAAGUCAUUGGAGAUAUUAGCCAAGGCAAGGUUGACAAGACUUUGUUCAUCAAGAAAGAUAAAGGUGAUACUUUACUAGUUCACGUCUAUGUUGAUGAUAUUAUUUUUGGUUCAACUAACAAAGAUCUAUGCGAGAAAUUCUCAUUGAUGAUGCAAGGAGAGUUUGAAAUGUCCAUGAUGGGAAAGAUGAACUACUUUCUUGGACUUCAAAUCAAGCAAUUAAAAGAUGGCAUCUUUAUCAAUCAAUACAAAUAUUGCAAAGAAUUAUUGAAAAGGUUUGAAACGGAUACUUGUAAGACAAUGGCUACACCUAUGGGCUUCGGUACAUAUGUUGAUCAAGACGAAUCCGGAAUAUCAAUUGAUGUUACAAAGUAUCGAGAAUCUCAACUGAGUGGAUAG